AGCAGUGUCCCCCAGGGUCAUUUUCCAAUGUAACUGGACUGUCCACUUGCUGGUCGUGUCCUGCUGGCUUUUACUGCGAGCUAGACACAGAUGUGGAGGAGUACAUAGUUCCUAGACUCUGUCUGCCUGGACAUUACUGUCCUGGGAGUGCAGCCAUUGAUAUGCCAAAAUGUCCACCAGGAACUUACAGUAGUAGCCAUGGUUUAUCCUCUGAGAAUGAGUGCCUUCCAUGUCCUGGAGGAUUCUACUGCUUCAAGCAUGGUGCCACGGGGUAUGAUCCGCUCGCAAACAUCUCUCAGUCUGGGGUGGCUAUGUGUGAGGCAGGGUACUACUGUAAAUCUGGUGCCAGCAGUGGAACUCCAACACCUGACAUCAGCACUGGUCAAGGAGGUCCUUGCCCUACUGGUCACUACUGUCCAAUACAGACAGAGGACCCAGUACCAUGCCCCAGCGGGACCUACAGGGAUACCCCACUGGCCAAAGCUGUAUUGGAUUGUGUCCAAUGUCCCCUGGGGAUGUACUGUGCCAGGACUAACCUCAGCCACCCCCAGGGACCCUGUGACCCUGGCUUCUACUGCUUAAUAGGAAGCAACACUUCAUCUCCCACUGGGGAAGACCCCACCCAGGGGGCACCUUGUCCUGUUGGUAACUAUUGUUCAGGAGGCACGUCCACCCCCCUGAACUGCCCAUCUGGUACUUAUAACAACCUUACUGGUCAAAGCACUUGCUUGACCUGUCCAGAGGGAUUCUACUGCCCAGAAAAUUUAACAUCCUAUGAGGAAUACCUGUGUCCUGUUGGUCACUAUUGUCCAGAAGGGACUGGCCAUGCCUAUGAGUACAAGUGUCCUAAGGGAUACUUCAGGAACACUACUAUGGGAGAGAAGUUAGCUGAUUGCUCUCCGUGUCCUGGGGGAUAUUACUGUGCAGGGGAGGGACUGACUGGACCAACUGGACUCUGUAGUGCAGGCUAUUUUUGUGUCCGUGCUGCAUGGUCUUCUGAACCAUCUGACUAUGACAACUAUACCACCGGGGACUGUCUUUGUCCCUCCACGGUGACAGGGGGAGAGUGCCAGCCAGGGUAUUACUGUCCCCAGGGGUCAUGGGAACCCAUCAGCUGCCCUGGGGGGAAGUACUGUGCCAGACCAGGUCUCUCUGAGGUCACAGGAUCAUGUAGAGCAGGUCACUACUGUGUCCUUGCUGCAUCCCGCCCAGAUCCUAUAGAUGGGGUCACAGGUAACAUAUGUCCCACUGGUCACUACUGUCCAAAUGGCACCAGUGUCCACCAGCCCAGCUGUCCAGUGGGGACCUAUUCCAAUAGAACUGGACUCCAGACCAUUGCCGAGUGUAUGCCCUGUUUACAGGGUUACUACUGCGAUACGGAAGGCUUGAGUACACCUGGUUCCUUAUGUGACCCAGGCUAUUACUGCCGUUCCGGUCAAAAUUCCAGUGACCUACACCAUUGCAGCCCUGGUCACUUUUGUCCACUUGGAAGUUACGAGGAACAAGAAUGUCCCAGUGGUCAGUACCAGGACCUGUAUGCCCAGGGUAGCUGUAAGGCUUGCAGACCAGGCUUCUACUGUGAUGCCACCUAUGGUCCAGUCUCUAACUUCAGCAGCUAUUCCUGCCCCCCAGGAUACUACUGUGUCAGUGGCACAGAGUGGAGCACACAGUACCCAUGUCCUGCAGAAUUCCAGAUCCCCUUGUAUAAACUUUUAGGUACAUAUAACCCACAUAGCAAUCUGGAGAGUGCUGAGCAGUGUAUAUCUUGCGAUGCUGGAAAAUAUUGUGGUACUCCUGGAAGAAACAACACAGAAGGAGAAUGUUUGGAAGGAUACUGGUGCAAGUCAGCAGCAACCUCUCCAACUCCAACAGAUGGCAGCACAGGCAUGCCCUGUCCAAGAGGUCACUACUGCCCAAGAGGAACCCCAGGACCCAUUCCAUGUCCUAUGGGGUACUGGUCUAACAGCACUGGGAGAUCACGUCUAGAGGACUGCCAACCAUGCACAGCAGGCCAUUACUGCAACCAGACAGGACUAAGUGUCCCAUCAGGCCUCUGUGAUGCAGGGUACUUCUGUGUAACCCUGGUCACUAUGGCAACGCCUAAUUAUGGCGUCCAUAAAGGCGACAUCUGUCCCCCUGGUCACUAUUGUCCAGAGCCUGGGACGGUCAGUCCUAUUCCUUGUCCUGUGGGAUUCUAUGCAUCCAGCAAUGGGUCUGUGAAGUGUGAAGUGUGUCCAGUGGGGCAUUACUGUGUGGAUGGUGUGGAGCCAGUGACGUGCCCGCCCAGAUUUUAUUGUGCUGUUGGAACUGGCUAUGUACAUCGCUCUUGUGCUAACUACAUAGAUGAAUGUGUGAAAGGAGGACAGAAUUGCAUAGACAGUAGUGCACAGUGCUCUGGAACAGGGGAGGACUUUGAGUGUUCUUGUAAAUCAGGCUACACUGGGGAUGGCUUUGCUUGUAUUGACAUUGAUGAAUGCUUGGUGGACCGAGGAGGCUGUGACAAGAAUGCUGACUGCAUCAACAUGCUGAGCAACCACUCCUGUGUUUGUAAAGUGGGGUAUUCUGGAGAUGGGUUCACAUGUGUGGAGAUCAAUGAGUGCUCCGUCAACAAUGGUGGCUGUGCCAGUGACGCUACCUGCACCAAUACAGAGGGAAGUUUCAUCUGUACAUGUCAUCCAGGUUACGCAGGGAAUGGCUUUACAUGUGAAGACAUCAAUGAAUGUGCUGUCAACAAUGGUGGCUGUGCAGCUGAUGCUGACUGUACUAACACUCUUGGUAACUUCACCUGUACUUGUCAUACUGGCUUCACUGGAGAUGGAAUUGUCUGUGAUGACAUCAAUGAAUGUUUAUUUAACGACAGCUGUCAUGCCAGUGCAUUAUGUAAUAAUAGUGCUGGCAGCUUCUCUUGUUCCUGUUUGGAUGGAUUUUCAGGAGAUGGUUUUUACUGUGAGGAUAUAAAUGAGUGUUCAGUGGAUGAUGGAGGAUGUGAUGAGAAUGCCAUAUGUGCCAACAGCAUCGGCAGUUUCACCUGCUCAUGUAACGUGUUCUUCAGCGGGGACGGCUUUUCCUGCUUAGACAUUAGCCAGUGUUACCGUGGUAACAUAACAUGUGAUGACAAUGCUAUGUGUGUAGAUACUGGAGACAGCUUGGACUGUGUUUGCAAUACUGGAUUCCUGGGAGAUGGCUACAGCUGUCAUGACAUAGAUGAGUGUUUGGAGAACAAUGGUGGCUGUGACAGUGAUGCAACAUGCACCAAUACGGCAGGGAGUUUUAUCUGUACAUGUCACAUGGGAUAUACGGGAGAUGGAUUAACCUGUCAAGACACCAAUGAAUGCCUUGUAGACAAUGGGGGUUGCAGUCCUCACGCCUUGUGUACAAAUACACUGGCCAGCUUUACCUGUGCCUGUCAUGAGGGCUUCCUGGGAGAUGGGUUCAUUUGUGAAGAUAUUGAUGAGUGCACCAGUUACAUUGACAGCUGUGACGUGAACGCCAACUGUACCAACACAGUGGGGAACUUCACCUGUACUUGUCACCCUGGUUACACAGGGGAUGGACACACCUGUAUUGCCUGUACUGGCAUUGGGGUCCACCCUCCCCUGGACCUUUCUAACCAGAUCAUACACUUCCGGGCCACUGCUCUUACUGAUGUUUCCACGGCAACCAUUCACGUGAUCAACUCUCACACCAGCAUGAACGAGUACACGCACCCAGUGCCUAGGAUUGGAAAAGGUGCCAUUGCUCCAGUUGGUCCUACUUCCUUUGAGUUUGUUGUUCCUGAGGGAGCACCCCUUACUGUGUCCCCGGCUGUGGGAACUGUGGAACCUGGCAAAAGUUGCUGUGUACGUGUGCGAUACACCCCGUCGCUGCCAGACUCGGUGGUCAGGAAGGAGGCGGUGAGAAUGGCCGUCAGGGAGCUGCAGGCCAAGGCAGAGAAGGAGUACCAAGAGGAACUGCAGAGAGAGAAGGAGAACCAGGAACAGGCAGCUAAAAGGAAAAAGAAAGGUCCUGCUGGCAAAGGCAAGCCUUCCCCUAAAGGCAAGCCAAAGGGUGGGGCUCCCUUGAUGGGGGAGACGGUGCCCAGUGGACCAGCCCCUGUCAAAGCCCCACCUCCAGAGAGUAUAGACACCAAAUCUGAUGCAUAUGCACAGGCCCAGGCAUCUCUGCUGAGAACCUUCAAGUCAGAGUUCAACAGCUAUGUCAUCCCUUGCUAUGUGGCCUCGGGAAAGACUGGAAACCCUGGGGAACUGCCUUACAGCAUCCACAACACCCUGUACCUGGAAGUGCACUGCCCCACGGUCAAACCCCCUCUGGUGGUCAUCUCAGACAAUGGCCGGACCACAGUGGACUUUGGUGAUGUCUCCAUUGGCCAGACGGUCAUCAAGACAGCCACCAUUCAGAACAUAUUUGAGGAUAACAUUAAUGUCACAGCCUCUCUCCUGGAUCCAGUGGGACCGUUUGUUCUUCUGAACGCUCUCAGAGAGCUGGAGCCUGAGGAGUCACUCACUGUUAUCUUCAGCUUUACCCCUGGUACUGGCAGAGUGUACCAGGAGGUCCAGGAGCUGAGGACAGGCAUCUCCACACUGUACCUCAACCUGGUUGGUCAGGGGGUCAGUCCUAAGGUCAGCCUCUCUCUGGACACAGACCACUUGGACAUGGGAGCUGUGCUAGAGAAUGAGUAUGUGGAGAAGACCUUCAAGAUCAAGAACACAUCCACCCUGGCUAUAGACUUCUCAAUCAAAAUGGACAGCAACUCUCUGCUGCGACAUGCCCUUACUCAGGGCAUACCACAGUUUGUACGCAGGGACCAGACACAGAAAGUGAAAGUUGGUGUCCAAAACUUCAAUGGCCAGCGAGUGUUUGACUGCGUGCCAUGUGAGGGGACCAUCGCCCCUGGCAGCAGCACUGAGAUCAUGAUGACAUACGCCCCAGACCAUGCCAGUGUGAACUACUUCGACACAGUUAGGAUACAGCUGUUUGGAAUGGAAGAGCAGCAUUCCUUUCAAGUUCUGGGCCAGUGUUUCCCUCACAUCAUGUAUGUGGCUGGUGGAGAUGAACUGAUGCCAGAUGUGGAGUCCCUCACAGUUUUGCCUGGGACUGAGGAGGAGGAGGAGGUGAAAUCUUCUGCCAUCCCCGUGUUGCUGACCUUCAACAGUGUGUCCAGUGAGGAGGGGUUCUCUGCGGCCUCCAGGGAGCUGCUGGUUGGCUGUGUCAGGACGAUGGCGGUCAGCCAGAAGAAGCCAGGGAAACAGAAUGGAGAGUUCAGUUUUGAAAACACCAAGGACAUUGAAGCCAAGGGCUUCACACUGGAUCCACCUAAAGGUCAGGUGGAGGCAGGCAGCAAGCGGCCAGUUCAGUUUACCUGGAAUCCACCAGCUGGGCAUGAUAUGAUGUAA